CCUGCAGAUAGAGACACAUGACCCUGGGUGGGCGGUCCGGGUUGGAAGGACAAGUAGGAGAGCAGCACAAGCAAGGACACUGUGCACUGUGUGUGUGUGUGUGUGUGUUUGUUGUGUGUCUUUUUAACCUUCAGCAGCGACAUCACAAGACGGCAAACAUGAGCAGGUGUCUGAUUAGCCAGAUGGAGGUGCAGAGCUUCAUCGAGAGGUGCAUGUUGGCGGUGGGUACCAAGCAGCAUCACGCUCGCAGCCUGGCCGAGGUUCUGGUGGAGGGGGACCACAGAGGUCACUACAGCCAUGGGCUGAACAGGAUGGACAUGUAUGUGAAAGACGUUCAGACGGGAAUCUGUGCCAAGGACGGAGAACCGGUGGUGGAGAAGGAGAGUCCCGCCACGGCGCUGGUGAACGGGAACAACCUUUUGGGUCCCGUGGUGGGGAACUUCUGCAUGGACUUGGCCCUCAAGAAGGCCAAAGAAGUCGGGAUUGGCUGGGUGGUGGCGCACGGUUCCAACCAUUACGGCAUCGCGGGAUAUUAUGCGAUGCAAGCCUUGAAGGACAACAUGAUCGGCAUGUCCUUCACCAACACGUCCCCCUUGGUGGUCCCCACUCGUGGUAAAGAUUGCACUUUAGGCACCAACCCCAUCAGUGUGGCAGCUCCUUCCAAAGAUGGAGACAACUUUGUCCUGGACAUGGCAACAUCUGCUGUAGCCCUUGGAAAAGUGGAGCUCAAUGAGCGCCGUGGCGACAGCAUCCCUGAGGGUUGGGGGUGUGACGCUCAGGGCAGGAUCACCACAGACCCCAAGAGAGUCCUGAGCGGUGGAGGUUUGGUUCCCAUCGGGGGCAGCGAGGCCACAGGGGGGUACAAAGGCUAUGGUCUGGGAAUGAUGGUGGAGGUGUUCUGUGGAAUUCUGGCGGGUGCCAAGUACAGCAAGCACAUCCGCACCUGGAAAGUGACGGACAGGGUCGCAGACCUGGGUCAGUGUUUUGUGGCAAUCAACCCGGAGAACUUUGCUCCUGGGUUCACCGACCGGAUGGCGGACCUACUGGCCAUCCAGAGAGGACUGGAUCCAGCCGAACCUGCCGCUCCUGUUCUGACGGCAGGAGAUCCGGAGAGAGCCAACAUCGCCAAGUGUGAGAAGAUGGGCGGGAUCUCGUACCACGUCAACGUGGUAAACUACAUGAAUGAAUGCGCCAAGAAAAUCGGAGUCAGUCCUCUCCUGCCGUGCGACAAAAUCCUCUCCGAGUGACGAGGCCUUCAGGGUCAUCUCCUCGGAUGAGAUAUUUCACCACUGCACCUCCUGAUGCUGACUGAAGGUUCUAAACAUCUGUCAAGACCAGAACGUGUCAUUCCUUCACUUGCCAAUGUGAAAAAGAGCCAGAACCAGAACCAUAAGCUUUUAUGGCAAAAACCAUUAUGAAGGAAUGUUUUGAUUGAUAUUUUUACAUAAAGUCUUCCUACUUCAACGAGGGAAAGGCUUCUUGAGACGUCAUCUGUACUUCUGUGAAGAAGGUGUCGGAUGUUUC